CAGCUUGGUUUCAAUGUUAUACUCGUAACCUUAUCAAAGGAAAGGAGGAACGAAAGAAAGAAGGAAGGAAAGAAAGAAGGAAAGAACCAAGGCACAAAUAUGAUAGAACCUUAACCUUACGCACUAGUGAAAAUGGCGUCGUGGCGUAGAUUAAUAGAGAGAGGGAGAGAUGGAGAGGUAUAAAAGGUUCUCAGUAACCUAUUUCUCUCUCUCGAUCUUUCUGUUUCCUUUUCUGAUACAAUAACCUUAUCAAUAACUACUCUACUCCAGUUAGUUAAUCUCACAAUUAUACUAAACAAUCAACCAAACAACCAAAACACCACAAUGGAUUUCGUAAACAAAGCCAAAGACGCCAUCAAAAGCAGCUCAUCUGGAAGCACCGGGACAACCAACACCAACACCAACACCAACACAGCCAGCGGAGCCGGAAAAGAAGAUUACGGCGACAAAGGUAAUUAAAUUAUAUAUCCUCCCCCUCUCCCCUCUCCCCGAAACCCCUCCAUAUCCAAACAACCUUCCCUUCCUCUCCUCUCCUCGCACAUAUUCCCAAACCUAUAACAAAUUACAUACAUAACUAACCCCUACCCCCCCAACCCCAGGUCUCAGUUUCCUCGAGAAAAAAACAGGUCAUACACUAUCCCGAGAUCAAAAUGAGAAGAUCACAGAUGGAGCGAGGAAUUUAUAUGAGAAGCAGACUGGGUAUGUUUUUUCUCUCCAAUACAUUCAAUGGUUUAUUACUUUUUGGGGGAUGUUCCUUUGGCUAAUGAAUGAAUGAAUGGUCUUGAUAUAUAGAUCGAAGGUUAAUUCCAAGUUUUCUAAUUAAUUCUAAUUAAUUGGGGAGUGGGUGGGGUGGGGUUUGUGAUGGAGAGAGGGAUGGUUUUUUAUACUUUCGUAACUUACUUACUUAC